UGUUAAGCUACCAAAAAAGUCCUGCCGUUUCUAGCAAAAAAAUACAAUGAUAUCACAAAUGCAGUGACAAUCCACAGAGCCCCUAAUUGCACUGGGGAAGGGUCUUUCUGUUCUGUUUCAGUGAAAGGGGCGAGACAGUCCUUCCUGGUUUCCCACUCAGCAAAGCGGGUUUCAAGUUUCAGCUCCUCCUUGAAUUCCAGCCUGCUGAGACUUCCCUCUAGAAUCAUCCAAAAUGGAGCCUCUUACAACUUAUCCAUUAAAAUGUUCCGGGCCCAAAGCAAAGGUUUUUGCAGUUUUGUUGUCUAUGGUUCUAUGCACAGUGAUGUUAUUUCUUCUACAACUAAAAUUUCUAAAACCGAAAAUCAACAGCUUUUACGCCUUUGAGGUGAAGGAUGCAAAAGGAAACAUCGUUUCUCUGGAAAAGUUUAAAGGCAAAGUUGCACUAGUUGUAAACGUGGCUAGUGACUGCCAACUCACAGACAAAAAUUACUUAGCCCUGAAGGAGCUGCACAAAGAGUUUGGACCAUUCCACUUCAGCGUCUUGGCUUUCCCGUGCAAUCAGUUUGGAGAAUCGGAGCCCCGUUCCAGCAAGGAAGUAGAAUCUUUUGCAAGAAAAAACUACGGAGUAACGUUUCCCAUCUUCCACAAGAUUAAGAUUCUAGGAUCUGAAGCAGAACCUGCGUUUAGAUUUCUUGUUGAUUCAUCAAAAACAGAACCAAGGUGGAAUUUUUGGAAGUAUCUGGUCAACCCUGAGGGUCAAGUUGUGAAGUUCUGGAGGCCAGAGGAGCCCAUUGAAGUUAUCAGGCCUGACAUAGCAGAUCUGGUUAGACAAAUGAUCUUAAAAAAGAAAGAAGAUCUAUGAAAAUUAUAUUGAGCCAUUCUCAUGUAAUAGUCUGAACAGAAAUGUUUUCAUGAAGUUUUGUUCUCAUUGCAAGCACACUGACAAUUAAAUGUGGCACAGAAGGACAAUUUUUUUAUGUCAUCAUGUUAGUCAAUGGUAAUGAAUGUUAAAUGGUGGUGUUACCAAAGCAAAAAUAAUGACUAGCCAGAGAACCAAAAUACAUUAAUCUGACCAUACUGAAAAGUUCAGAAUAGAGAGUCACCAACGUGCUUCAAUAUCCCACUGUUCAGCUGGACAUUUUCUAGGAUUAUACCACUGUCUGGAUUUGAGAACAUCGUGUGUAACUGAAGUUUUUAGAGCAACUAACUGUAAAUGGCUAUGUUGAUGUAAUAAAAACAAAUGCUGAAAUUGUAAAAUAUGUGUACA